AUGUCAUAUCCUUUUAUUUAUGAAGCCAAAAUGCCAGUGAGUAUACCAGAGAAAGCAAUCAUCUCGUCAUGUUUCCAAGGAAAGACAAAUGGCUCAAAGAAUAAAAUAAUGAAAGCAAUGGAAAAUGCAGACAGAAACGAAGAUGGUUGUUUCAGCAAGGAUGAACUCCAGCAAGCUCUCAAAGAGUUAGGUGCUAUCUGUCCUCGUUGGAGAGCCUUCUGGGCAUUCAGAAAUGCUGAUACCAACCACGACGGUCAAAUUAGCGGCGAGGAAAUCAAGUCUCUCCUUCAGUAUCUUCGUUCCUGUGGGUUUGGGAAAUAG